UCCAAGCCGUAAAAAAAUGGCGAAAUCCACGUUCUCUCUGCGUCACCACCAUUACUCUCAUCUCCUCCAUUAUACUUCUUCUUCUUCUUCUUCUUCUUCUUACUUGAGCAAGCGGAAAGAGCUUCACAAAGCCAAUCACAGACUAUGACACUACUGAAUCCAUUCCAAAGCAACCCACAAGAGUGAGUAGCUUGGAGAAAUCAUGGGAGUUCAUCGUACCCUUUACAAAUCUUGUAAAUUGCUGCCACCCCUUUGUGUUUUUUUGAAUCUUUUCUUUGUUUUCGUAUCUGGGUUUGGAUCAAUGGCUCCUAUUUCAGCUGCAUUUGGCCCAGAUGGAUUCUUCUGCGCUAUUGAUGCCAGUGGCAAACAGGAAGUUAUUUGUUGGGGUAAGAAUAGUUCGUCUCUUUCACCAUCUUCCUCAUCUUCUACCUCCAUCUUCUCCGUCGACAUUCCGGCAAUGGCUGCUCUCUCAGGCGGCGAGGGAUUUCUUUGCGGUAUUUUAUCAAACACUUCGCACGCGUACUGUUGGGAUUCGAUAAAUCCAGGUACAGAUCUCGUCCCGUUGGUUUUUCGAGCCACUGCUUAUUCGCAUAUUGCCGCGGGAAAAAGCCAUGUUUGUGCAAUUAGGGGAUCUUAUUAUUCUGACGGCGAUUCGGGUCCAGUAGAUUGUUGGGAUAUAUCGAGAGAUUCAAUUAAUAAUAAUAGUCUGAGCUCUAAACAGAGCUCUCUGUUCUAUAAUCAAUCAAUUGCCAGCCUUGUCUUUAAAAGGGUUGUUUCCGGCGAAGGAUUUAGCUGCGCCGAGCUUCGAGAUGGAGGGAUUCUUUGCUGGGGACCAAACUCAACCAAUCUCGACGUUCCAAACGUUUCUGAAAAAUUCGUAGCUCUAGCCGCCGGACAAGAUGCCGUCUGUGGAAUCUCAGAGGUAUCCGGCGGAGUUAAAUGCUGGGGUAGCGCCGAUUCAUUCGUCGGCCUUCCGGAAACCGCCGGCUACGUGACGUUGACCGCCGGCGAGCGGCAUUUCUGCGGCAUCCGAAGGGAUACUCACGAAGUGGACUGUUGGGGUAGCUUGAACUCAUCCUUGAUUCCUAAGAACACAGGAUUUAUGACGAUUGCUUCAUCAGACCGUUCAAUCUGCGGCAUUAGAGAGGACAAUCUUGUUCUUGAUUGUUGGUUUUCACAUUCUCCUGAGGCUCCUCCUCCUGGCUAUGAUCCUCCUUUGGAGCUUUGUAGUCCAGGGCUGUGCGCUCCAGGACCUUGCCGUGAAGGGGAGUUCUCUUUCAAUGCCAGCAUUUUGAAUGAACCAGAUUUGAAAAGCUUGUGUGCAAGGAAGGAUCUAAACAUCUGUAUCCGCUGUGGACUGAAUUGCUCUGAUGGGCACUUCUUGUCUAGCCCUUGUACUUUGAAUUCUGAUAGGAUUUGCACUGCUUGCUCUCUUUGCCAGAACAGCUCUUGUUGGGAUACUUGUGGAGUUCCAUCAUCUCCUGAAACGAAGCAGACGCAUUGGCAUCAAUGGCGUCGUAUACUGCUAAUAGUUGGUGGUUCUGUUGCUGGAUUGGUACUGAUUCUACUCGGUUGGUGUGUUCAUACUCGCAUAAUCGGUUCGAAGAAACACGGGAGCGGGAGCAAGAAACAUCACAAUUCCGAGUUGGAAACUGGUACUGAAACUGAUUCUUGUGCUCCACUGGCUUCUCUUUGUCCUGGGAUUCCUCAGAUUUUUCGGCUUUCGGAGUUGAAAGACGCCACGAACGGGUUCAAGGAGUUUAACGAGGUCGGUAGGGGGAGAUAUGGGUUUGUGUACAAGGCUGUGUUAGCAGAUGGGCAGCAGGUUGCAGUGAAGAGGGCAAAUGCUGCUACCAUUAUUCACACCAACAGUAGGGACUUUGAAAUGGAGUUGGAUAUCCUUUGUAAGAUAAGGCAUUGCAAUAUUGUGAAUCUGUUGGGUUACUGUUGUGAGAUGGGAGAGAGGCUUCUUGUUUAUGAGUACAUGCCCCACGGCACACUCUAUGAUCAUCUCCAUGGCGGUCUUUCUCCUUUAAAUUGGUCGCUGCGGUUCAAAAUAGCGAUGCAGGCGGCGAGGGGACUCGAGUACCUUCACAACGAACUCGUGCCUCCUCUACUCCAUCAAAAUGUCAAAACUUCCAACAUUCUUUUGGAUUCCCAUUGGGGAGCCAGAAUUGCAGAUUUCGGGCUUAUAGCAUCGAACGAUGACAACGACAAUGACAAUGACGAUGCUAGUGCUGAUUUGACGAGGGAUGUUUACGACUUUGGUAUCGUGCUUCUUGAGAUCAUCAGUGGAAGGAAAGGUUAUGACAGAGAUUACACACCUUCAAGCAUAGUUGAAUGGGCAGUGCCUUUGAUCAAGCAGGGUAAGGCUGCUGCCAUAAUAGAUCGAUACGCCACUCUACCCAGAAACGUGGAGCCUCUACUUAAACUUGCUGAUAUAGCUGAACUAGCUGUACGAGGAAAUCCCAGCAAGCGACCAACAAUCUCAGAUAUCGCAUCUUGGUUAGACCAAAUUGUUAAAGAUGGAUUGAUCUUGUAACACUCGUACCUCAACACGGGUUCUCGGCUUCGAAACAUACGUUUUGAUCGAUGCAACAACACAUAUUCCUUUACAGCUUAUGUGACUGCUGCUCUCUGCAACUGUAAAUUAGUUAUUCAGCUUCAGCUUGUACAUGAACACAUCCAACAUUACACUAUUUCUUUCAGUAAAUGAGUUUCCAUUUGCUUCUUC